UCCACAUUUGUUGUCAGCUGUGUGUUGCAGUGUUUUUGCCAUUUAAUACUUAUAUAAGUGACUGCGUACUCGUUUGCAUUUAACCAAAUGGACCGUUUUAACUCGGGGAAUCUUUUGCUUUUAUAAAACUAGAUUAUUUUAUCUUCAGUAGACUCUUUUUUUUUUUUUUAAAGUCUCAACGAUGUUCCAGCAGACGAUCAAGAAUUUCACCAUCAACUUCAACAAUUUGAGUGAGAGGAAAACUGUCUCCAGUGGUGACCUGAUAACGGGACACAUCUCCUUCGACGUCACAAAGGAGAUCAAGAUCAAUUCCAUAACGCUGAGACUGAAAGGGGCGGCGGAUGUCCACUGGUCCUCCGGUGGAGGGGGAGGGAGGAAGAGGAGAAGACAACGGCGAGUGUACUCAGCAAAAGUGGACUUUUUUGACUUGAAGAGCGUCCUCGUGCAACAAGAGGGAGCUGUGGGUGGAACAACAAAACUUCAGCCUGGCACGCAUGUGUAUCCAAUUUCAUGUCUUCUCCCACAGGGAGACUUCCCCUCCACCUUCCAUGGCGUUCAUGGAAAGGUAUUGUACACUUUGACAGUGGGCAUCAACAGACCGUGGCAUAUGGCCAAGGACUUUGUGACAGAGUUAAAUUUUGCAAACCGCUUUAAUACCAACCAGCCAGAGCUGCGGGCUCCUCUCUCAGGCUCCAACAACAUGACACUGUGCUGCCUGUGGUGUGCCUCAGGUCCUAUCACAGUGACAGCCAGUGCAGAGAAGAAAGCAUUCGUCCCUGGUGAAACUGUGAAAAUAAUCUGCGAGUUUAGCAACGCUUCCUCUCGAACAGCUACUCCAAAGGUGUCACUGCAACAGAAACAGGUUUACUACGACCGCAGCAAGGUCGCGAGGAGGAGGAUUCUCAAAACCCUGGCGUAUGUAACUGGACAACCCGUCAGCGCUCACACUACUGACGUGCGCACUGAGAUCAUGCUCACCAUUCCCUCGUCUGCAUAUCUCACCAUCUCAAACUGCAGUAUGCUAGACGUCGAUUACUUGAUAGAGGUGAAACUCAGCGUCAGAGCUGCCCCCGACCUCACUGUGCUGAUUCCCAUCAUCAUGUGUGACACCCCUGUUAACUCUGCUCCACCACCCUAUAUGUGAGUUUCAAAUGUACGUAUCUAACAUGACAUGAUGGUGGAAGCUUUUUAUACUGUAUGACAGGCAUUAUCCUUUCUUGCCUUGUUGUUUUUAAUGAUAGUAUCCUAAAUAGUGUCAGUGUUCAGUACUGUAACUGAGCAUUGACAUUCAUACUGUGGAAACUGCCUUCUAGCAUCAUACUGCCUUCAUUUAGCUUUCAGAGUGUGUGUGUUUUAUCUAUGAACUGUUUACUAUGGGUUAUUGAAACACUCUACAGGAAGUCUGUUCUGUUUAGGGCUGUCCCAAAUACCAUUUGCGGAGCUUUGAGGCUCAAGUGAUUAUUACCGGCGAAUAUUUGAAGCUUAGAUGGGAUGCGAUGGGACCUUAGGGGGAUAACCGUAAUCAAUCAUAUUCAUAUAUGCCAAUCAACUAAGUAGUCGACUUGAGUAGGACUUUGUACAGCUGCUUAUGUGUGUUACAAAGAAAGUCAUAGAGAAGGUGGAAGGUGGACUAUUUCAAGCAAUGUUUCUGUAAGUUAGUAUAGCUCGAAACGCCGCGGGUUGAGUCUCAUCACUAGAUGCAAAUCAAGUGCUUCGCUACAGGUGGCAUCCGCAGUUCAUCUCACCUAUUAUUUUCCUUCUCUUACUGCAGUUUUAAUGCUUGAAGAAGGGGUCGAUGACUGCGCUAAGAACACUGGCCUCAUUUGCGUCGGAUACUUGCCACUUCUUUUCAAUUUCCCCCACUGUUUUAGUGGUAAAAAAGAAAAUCGAAGCAUACUAUACUGAUUUGGACAUUGAUUACCAUGGCAACGAUUGACGCUUUGAAGCUUUAAGGCAUUUGAGCCAGCCCUAAUUCUGUUUUAGUUUCUUUUUAGUAUGAUUUGGUAGAUUGAAGCAUGGGGGGAAAAGAUGUGCUACAGAAUGUUAUUACUACGUGAGCCACAGCCAGGAUUUCAUUAUCAAUAUGUAUUUCCAGUGUCCAGUGUUUACAUUCCGAUAAAAUUUUCCUGUACUUAUCUAAAUGCAAAAUAUGUUACUAUGUGUGAUCCAGAGGAAUCUUCAAGGGAUUGUGAGAUAUUCCUAAAAAUGUAAUAUGAAGAUUUGGAAUAUAUUAUUGUAAGUAUAUGUCUGUCUAUGUCUGUAAGUAUAAGCCUGUUUUUAUAGUUUUAUCUCAACUAUCAUCAUGUAUUUUAAUAUAUUAACUGCUGCCAUAUACGUGUUGUUUUGUGAGUAUACUGUGUUGAGAAGUAUUUUUUCUUAUAAUCGGACUAAAUCAGAAGUUUGGGCACAGUGGGGGUAAAUGUGGACUAAAUGAUGAUGAUGAUGAUGAUGACAAAGCCAUGCAAACAGCUGAAUGCUUGACUGAACUGACUCAAGACUAUGCACCAGAUUACUUUUUUGCUCCCUUCAACAGGGAAAACUCUGCGCCGAGGACCAUGUAAACUAAAUUCACUCUUUUUAGCCUAAUUAUGUGUCAUUGCGAACACCAUCAGCGUAAUUUCCUGGAGGAAAGCCGUCUCCUCUUUGCUAUUCAGCUGGCACUCACUGUAAGCCAGCCGGUAUGUUAAUAUCCACUAACUUCACAUGGCUGCCAAUGUGGGCUCUAUUAUCUCAGGUUGCUUUGUUCAUAUUGCUGCUGUGAAAAUGAAACUUUUAAUGUGUUUGUUUGUUUCAUGUAUGAAACUGAUUUACAGUGCUAGAAUUUAGCUUUUAUUCAGAGUGAGAUCACACCCUGAUAGCCACAGCUGGUGAGCGCAUUUACGAGCUACAACAGUUGCUGGGCUCCAACUUCAGUGCCUCUUCUUUUGGACAAUAAACUAGAUGUCAAUGAUUUUAUGCUGCAAGUACAUCCAAAGUAAAUGUAUGCAGACCCUCCAGGUCUCACAGUUGUAUUUGUGCCAUGUCUUGUGAACAGUGGUGCAUCAGAGCUGAAGGUGGUUUAACUAUUUCUUGUCAUCAGUGUGCCUGAAAGGCUGCUUUAUAUCAGUUUGAAACAACAUUAUUUAAAGGUGCUGUAUGUAAAUUUACACAUGUAUUAAUAGUUUUUCAUUGACAGUGGGUGAACAGGUUGUAAUGUAACUCAAAAACUGAGACCUUCCCUGCCUUUCUUGGUUGCCUAUAACAUCAUGUGGCCUUCUGGAGAAAGGACUUUGGCUUUUUGUUUUUUAAGAAAACAACCAAAAGGUGUGAAGUUAUGUGCAAUAUUCUAGUGCCUGGCUUCUCUUAAGCUCCAUUACAGAGCAACACUAGCCAGUGUUAACUAAUAAAGGGAGUCCACCAUCGUCACCAUCACAAACGACCAGCCCCCAUCACAACGAAGAGGCCUCUAUGCAUUUUGUAGUGGCAGCCCAUUGGAGAAAGACUUAACUCAGUGCCCUGCAGCAAUUUGAAUUUAGCCAGAGCAAGACCAAGCGCUAGGUGUCUGAUCCCAGACUGCCCUUACUACUGCCCUGAGUCCCGCUGUGAACCGCAGGGCUGGGGUUUGCAUUUGCUGGAUUGGAGUUGCUACAGUGGCAUAGGUCGGAGCUGCUAUCCACUCCUGGUGAAAGUUACAUACAGAACCUUUAAAGUGAAUGUGUCUCAACUCUCUACCAAAGACUUCGCUCACACUCCUUAUGCUGCUUUCUCUCUGAUGUCACCAUCUGAUCCCUCAGGUCUUAUGAUAGUGUCUUUUUGCAAGAUGGAAUUUCAAGUAUUCUUUAACAUUGUCAUAUAAUUACAGUAGGAUUAACAUAUGUAAUGUUUAGAUGAACUGGAAUAAAAAAGUGAUGUUAGUA